AAUCAUUACUAAAAGUAAUUCCCUAGCAGUGUCGUAAAGACAUCGGCCGCGUGAUCAUUGUGCAUUUUAAAAAAGUUUAUUUUAAUUUAAAAUGUUUAGUUCGAACGUGUAAAUCGAUUGCCAGUGACAGUUUUCAAGUUUAAAAAAAAAGUGAACAAAAAUCGAACAAGAAUAAAAGAUGGCGCGUAUUUUGACGUUUACGUAUUUGUUUUUUGUGAUGAUAAUUUACGUUAGAACAAGAAGUGUCCAUAAAAGUAAUUCAGAAACUCCUGUGUUCGACGAGAAGAAUAAGGAUCAUUGGAACAUGCAAGCACAAUGGAUAUUACAAUCAAAGUUAUCCAAUCUCCUAAACACGAAGGUAGCAAAGAACGUGAUCCUGUUCCUCGGAGACGGUAUGAGCAUCACAACCCUGGCUGCCACCAGGGUGUACCUGGGUCAGAAGUAUGGACACCUGGGUGAAGAACUGAAGCUGAGCUUCGAAGCUUUUCCUUACACGGGUCUGUCUAAGACUUACUGCGUAGAUAAUAACGUCGCAGAUUCUGCGUGCAGUGGUACCGCUUACCUAUCAGGUGUAAAGGCCAACAGUGGGACUGUGGGGCUCAGUGCGGCUGUGAAACGUGGGGAUUGUAGGGGACAGAGAGAUGGCCUGCAUUCUGUCACUGGACUCAUGGACUGGGCCCAAAAAGCCGGCAAAGGAACCGGAAUUGUAACCACUACAAGAGUGACGCAUGCUACUCCAGCGGCAUCAUACGCACAUUCAGCAGACAGGAGAUGGGAGGCUGAUACUGACCUGCCGAAGAAAGGCCUCCGCUGCGAGGAUAUAGCCACCCAGUUGGUGAAGGGACGCGUUGGCAGUAAUAUUGAUGUCAUACUGGGAGGAGGGCGCAGAAACUUCUUCCCCAAAACCCAAACUGAUCCAGAAGGGUACCGCGGCUACAGAAGUGAUGGAGUAGACCUCAUUAGAGAGUGGAAGAAACGAAAGGAGGCCCUGGGAGUCUUUCCCAGAUUCGUAUACAAUAAAGAGGGACUCUUGAAACUAGAUGACUCCUUAUAUCAUAGUGUCUUAGGUCUAUUUUCCCCUGACCAUAUGCCUUACCAUUUGGAAGCAGGCGAUGACGACCCAACUUUAACCGAAAUGACUCAGAAAGCUAUUCAGAUGCUGAAGAAGAAAAAGAAUGGGUUUUUCUUGUUUGUUGAAGGAGGAAGAAUAGACACAGCUCAUCAUGAGACUAAAGCCCGUAAAGCGCUUGAUGAGACCGCUGAAUUUGCUAAAGCGGUUGAAGCUGCUUUAAGAUUAGUGGACUUGCAGGAAACACUGAUCGUAGUAACUUCUGACCAUAGUCACACAAUGACAUAUAGUGGAUAUAGCAAGCGAGGUUCUGACAUUCUAGGACUUGUUAAUAAGAAUAAUGCGUCAGAUAACAUGCCAUACUCCACACUAAGUUACGCCAACGGGCCAGGGUACAAGGAGGCUGGCAGGUUCCACCGGUACAAUCUAGGAAACGACGACUUUAAUGACGCAAACUACACAUACCCGUCUUUGGUACCGAUAAAUCGGGAGACUCAUGGAGGUGAAGAUGUAGCGGUCUUUGCAAGAGGACCCUGGGCUCAUCUGUUUACGGGCAGCUUCGAGCAAAACUUUUUACCUCACGCCAUAGCCUAUGCCUCAUGUAUAGGGCCUGGACUCACCACCUGUAAAUCAAAAUCAAGAUUACAAUAAUAAAUAUUACAUUUUUUUUAGGUAAAUUUCACACACCCCCAAACUCGGAAGAAUGUUGACGUUUUUUCCGGGUUUGGGUAUCGUUGUACCUAAUGUUUCCGACUUUGGGUAUAAUGUUCGGUUAUGUUAUACCCAAACUCGGAAAUGUAUAUAGUUGUUGUUGUAUAUAGUUAUUUGUUAAGAUAUAAUGCUGGAUCAUUUAUAUUGACUUUAUUUUUGAUGAAUAUUUUAUUUUAUGAUCUUAAAAGUCCUGAUAUGUUUUUGCAUGAUGAAUUUAAGACAAUUUAAAUUUUAGACCUUUUAUGACAUUUAUUGUGACUUUUAUCUCAACUUUUUGGUAGUCUAAAGUUACGCUGAAUUUUAAUCAGUAGCCUCAUUAACAUUCUGUGCUACUCAGCUAAUGAAUAAAACUAUGCUUUCUAGAAUACGUUAUACAGGGAGUAAACGGAAUUUUCUCAAAAAAUUCUAUAAAAAAAUAGUGUUUUUAUCAUCAUUUAUUCGUUUUUUUUUCGUGUUAUUCAUGCAACAUCAACCUUAAGCAGUUGAUUACAACUAUUAUUAAUUACGUAAAAUAAACAUUGAAUUCCUUUAUAUUUUUUUAAUAAAAUUAUUUUUUACUAUCGCCUGUUUGAGACGUUUGGGAGCGUUCCGUUUACACCCUGUAGAUUUCCAAAUUGACUAUCAGUCUCCAAUAAGUGCCACAGAAGUUUAAAUUGACUGCUAUAAAAAAAUGUUCUUUUCGAUCACCCAUCCAUAAAUCGACCUAGAUCAGGUCGACUUAACGUAAAGUGAGUUGAUCCGUACUGUAAAUUAGUCUCAAGCUUAUCUUUUAAUGAUAUCUAAAUUACGAACAAGACUAAUAAAUUAAGUCUUUUUUCCUUUCCUUCCCUAUUUCUUAAUAGAGACCGCCACCACCUCAGACCUACCACUAAGAAAGAAUUAUUUGAUUAUGCUAACACGAUUUCUUGCGGUUUUCGAAUACGUUUUUCCAAUGAAUUCAAGCAAAUUUGAACCUUAUCAACAAAUUUCCAUAGAACCUUAUCGUAAAACGUAUCUGAUUUGCUUAUUUACAUUCAAAACAGAGCUUUAUUUAAUUUACAAUGUGGUUUGUAAUCGUUUGCUUUACGUGUAUUGUGUUUGUAAAUAUAACACGUAGUCGGUAUUUUAAUUAUAAGAGUAAAUGUUUCUUCAGUUAUUUGUUGAACUGUUUAAAUUAAAUUAGGAAUUUUAUUUUUGUAUGUAAUUGAAAUGUAGAUAAAUGAUCUUAAUUAGUAUUCAGUUCUUGAAUUUUUAAUUCAAUUUGUGAGAUGUAGUAAUGAAAUUGAAUUUUGUUUUUGUUGCAAAAUAGAGGUUGAAACAAGGGCCUUUACGAAGUUAAUGUCAUUAUUUUGUACAUAUUUGUUAACUUUUUAGUGUAUACAUGAAAACUGUUAUUUAAAUAAAUUAAAUGAAAUAGAAUUUACAAUUUUGUAUCGAAAAAUAUGUGCUAGACAUAUAGUCUACGCUAAGUAAAGUUUUACAUACAAAAAUAAAGAUUUCAAUUUUCAAUUCCAUUUAAUAAAAAGCUUGCUGUGUUUCGUAUGGUCCAGGGAUUUUUUUAAGGGGGGAAAUCAUUCAAAGUAAGGCUUUUGUAAAAGUAUUUUUUUUCCAAAAUUUAUCGGGAUAGUGGAAAAAUAGCCCGAUUUUCACUGAGGUGCAAUAAAUAAUAAUUAGUUUACGAAUAAUAAAACACUAAAACAAACGAUUGGAACCAAUAUAUUUUAAUAUUGUUUUUUCAAGAAUAAUGAAAUGAAACGAAUUUACACGUCAAAAAAUAUUAUUUAAAACAAAAUCUAGAUAAUAAAAUGUAAUAUUUAUUAUGACUUCUGUACAGUUUAAAAUAAUUAAUUAUAAGUUAUAUCUAAGUUAGGUUUAAUUUUAAUUAUAAGUAUAGGUUAUA